GUGUUUGGGGGUUGCAUGUGAGAUUACGAGCAGGAAUUCAAUUUUCUAGGUAGCUACAAUUUCCCACAUUUACAUGCUCUAUUUGGCACCUGUCACUGAUUACUGAGCAGUCAUGGCAAACAGCGUGAAGGCUCUGAUUCUCUUAGCAUUUUCUGGUGCUCUUGGGAUCAUGUUCAUGGUGCUGGCCUGCGCACUGCCACAGUACAACAACUGGUGGCCGUUCUUUGUCAUCGUGUUCUACAUGCUGGCGCCACUGCCGUACACCAUCGCGCGCCGGUACGCCGAGGACUCGGGCGCCGGCAACGCGUGCACGGAGCUGGCCGUUUUCCUCACUGCCGGUAUCGUCAUCUCGGCGUUCGGCCUGCCCAUCGUACUUGCGCACGCGCCCGUCGACGGUCCGGUCAUCGAGUGGGGCGCCUGUGCCCUCGUCUUCACAGGAAACAUCAUCAUGUUUCUGACAAUCCUGGGCUUUUUCGUGGCAUUCGACAGUGAGGGGGACUCGUGGAACUACUUCUAAAUCGUCGGAAGAUUUGGUUGUGGAUCGGCAACGGUACUUUAAAGUUACUCGGUUGGAGCUGCUACGGCGAGCGUUGUUGUGUUCUGGGCAGUGCAAGCCUUAACUAUAUACCUACCGUAUAAUUGAUCCUCCCCUGUCAAUUGUUUUUGGCUCGGGUGUGACUGGAAGUUGGCACCUUAUAACUUGAAGCAUUUAUCGUGCGACGUGCACGUCAACCAGCGAUUGGUGAAUCCACUUGUUUUAAUCUCAUCCUCGUUUCACUGUUCUGUUGGCCUAUCUUACCAUUGAUUGGCCUGGUAACUUAGCCAUCCGUUGUGUCGUUACCCUGUAAAUAUUAGAUAUAGACUCGGGGGGACAGCGUGUCCCUUGUGAUAAACUAAUGGGCCCCAUUGAGUUCGAGCGGUCGUGGAUGUGAGUGAGAUAUCACAUGUUUAGUGUGUAUUCUGUAUGUGGCCGCGAUUCCGCAACUGAUAAGGUGUUCAACGAGCGAGGACCGUGAUUCCGGAGCAGCCUGGUGUCCGCCGCGGACAGUACUUGCCGUACCUUAUCACGCCCGUGCCAAAAACAGGCCAUUCAUCGCUUGUCUUCAGACCUGGAGGCGUUGGCUGCCCUGUGCACGAAAUGCACGUAAUAUUCGCCGGGUAAUACGAGGCUCGAUAUUGUGAUUUGGUGACAUUAGAUGUGGCGAAUAGGUAUUACAUUAGAUAAAGUGCGUUAAUAACUAAUAUCCGGUUGUGUAACUCGUCAUGUAUCUGUGUAUAAGAAGCAUCCCUGCACUGCCCGUGUGAGAACAUACUCUUCGGGCGCUCGCCGCUACAACGAUCUCGCGCUCGCAGCCGGUGGCGGUCGGCGCUCCCUGUGGUGGGCACGGUGCGACGGUGUGACUGUAGGCAUCACUCGGUGGUGGAUUGUCCGUCACUUCAUAACCAAUGGUGAACAAUAUAAACCGUACCUGGCUCUAUCGA